CACAGACAAAGGAGUUCUGCUCCUUGUUGAGCUCCAGGGCUGACACACUAUUCCAGCUCUGGCAGUAAAGUAACAUUUUCUAACUCCCUCUGCUGUGUUCCUCCUGACCCUGCCUGAGAUCCAGUGACUGAUCCGGUGACUGCAACAGGGAGUGACCUGCGGGGUAACCUCCAUUGCAGCGGACAGGAAGAUGAACCUUGUCACAGGUGGCAAAUGUAGCUGUUGCUCUUCAGUCUCCCAGCAAUGAUAAUGAGGAGGAGAAGGUGACUUGUUCCUUGAAGAAAGCAUCAGGCAAACUCUCCUGCCACCUGCUCUGCCACUGCCCAGGUGAUAUUAACAAGUUCCCAGAGCCCUGCACAGCUGGUUGUGUGGAAAGAGCAGAGACAACACCAUGAAGCAGGAGGAGCGCAAUACCACCCACACCAACUUCGCUGCCAUCUAUAACCUCCACAGUGGGGACUUCACCUCUUUCCGAAAUUUCUCCUUCCCAUUCAAUUUCAGCUACAGCGAUUACGACCUGCCCCUAGACAAUGAGGAUGACGUGACCAAGACCCGCACCUUCUUCGCGGCCAAGAUUGUGAUUGGGGUGGCGCUCAUUGGCAUCAUGCUGGUCUGUGGUAUCGGCAACUUUAUCUUCAUUGCUGCCCUGGCCCGCUACAAGAAGCUGCGCAACCUCACCAAUCUGCUGAUUGCCAACCUGGCCGUCUCGGACUUCAUUGUGGCCAUUGUCUGCUGCCCCUUUGAGAUGGACUACUACGUGGUGCGACAGCUCUCCUGGGAGCAUGGCCAUGUGCUCUGUGCCUCCGUCAAUUACCUCCGCACCGUCUCCCUGUACGUAUCUACCAAUGCUCUCCUGGCUAUAGCCGUAGACAGGUACCUGGCCAUUGUCCACCCACUCAAGCCACGUAUGAAUUAUCAAACAGCUACUUUCCUAAUUGCCUUGGUCUGGAUAAUCUCCAUACUCAUUGCAAUACCAUCUGCAUAUUUCGCUACUGAAACUGUAAUAUUCAUAGUAAAAAGUCAGGAGAAAAUUUUCUGUGGCCAGAUUUGGCCAGUUGACCAGCAAAUGUAUUAUAAAUCCUACUUUCUCUUCAUCUUUGGCAUUGAAUUUGUUGGACCCGUAAUCACAAUGACCCUGUGUUAUGCCAGGAUCUCCAGAGAGCUUUGGUUUAAAACCGUCCCAGGCUUCCAGACAGAACAGAUCAGAAAGAGGCUCCGAUGCAGAAGAAAAACAGUCAUGGUCCUUAUGUGUAUUCUAACAGCCUAUGUCCUCUGCUGGGCCCCAUUCUAUGGAUUCACAAUCGUCCGUGACUUUUUCCCCACAGUCUUUGUGAAAGAGAAGCACUACCUUACAGCCUUUUACAUCGUUGAGUGCAUUGCCAUGAGCAACAGCAUGAUCAACACCAUGUGCUUUGUAACUGUAAAAAAUAACACCAUGAAGUAUUUGAAGAAGAUCAUGUUGCUCAGGUGGAGAUCUACAUAUAGGAGCAGCAAAUCUAGUGUUGAUUUAGACAUGAAAACCAGUGCAAUGCCUGUCACAGAAGAGGUAGACUGCAUAAAAUUAAAGUAAUGUCUUGUUGUUCUAUUGGCAUGACGUAUUUUUCCAAGGUGUGUGGAGGAGGG